GAUUCAUAGCGCUUUGGUACGGCUUUUGGAGUUAUCUCGCUGGCUGGCGUCGAGACGGUGUAGAACUGUAGAUAGGUCCUACGGUACCGGGCCAGAGUUGAACUCUGCUCUAGGUGGCAGUGUUUCGGAGUAUUGAAAGGAAGGGGAACUUAUUCCUAGAGCUAUCCGGAGUGAGGAACGUAACGCGUGUGAGCAGAGUACUCAUGGGAGUUGUCAGGAUUGCGAUGGUUGCUUCAGGACCUGGUCUGGUGCUGCUUUGAGCAGGACUGCUCGAUUGAGAAGAGGGGAUAAUUUAAUUAUUCAAAGACGUGCGCGUGUGUGAUUCGAUUAUAGAGUGGUCUGUGAGGGGGCGUUAAUGUGCUGAAGAGGUACACAAACAAGGUGGUGAUGAUGUGAGAAGAUUCUGAGUAAGAAAUUCCAAAACAGCGGAUACGAAAAAUUACACCCUCUUGGGAAGGGAGCCUAAGUGAGUGAGCAAUAGAACACACAGCUUCGGUUGCCCGCAGCCAAAUAAAAGGACGACCAAAGGAAAAACGCGAUAUCAACGAUAAUAAUAAAAGUGGUCGAUGCGACCUUGGAGGGCAACUUGACGGAAAAUUCACUGAAUGGGGAGUACUCGAAGUGCGGAAAGCUGGGCGUGAUAUUAUGUAAACAAGUGAUUGAAUAAAGGAAUAUAAGAUUUAUCCUAUUCACGGGAAGAAAAGAUUGCUUUGAAGUGCUUUUGGAUGUGAUUGAGUGUGCAGAAAUUUGAAACGAAUAGAUAUCAUCAGUGUACCCACAUCUUGAAGCUUGAUCCUGGAUAUAUUACCGUAUGCUUUGAUGUAUUGUCGUGUCGUCGUUGUAAUUGUGAUGCCACCCAGUUUGGUCGGGGUGAACCUACGAUAAACCCACGUUGUCGUGUAUUGUUAUUAUAAUUCAAUUCGGGGUAAACCAAUCCGGAACCCACAUCGAUUCAAAAUAAACGGUCCUGCCAAGAACCUUUCCAUUGGGAAGAAAAAAAAAAGUGCACAAAAAACAAUCUGUGUGGAAUCGCCUUUUUCGUCUUUGACUUUUUCCGCUCCGGUCGGCGAAAUCUUCAGCACGUGGGACCGAUUUAAGACGUGCAUUAAGCGUGGGCAAAUACGUCAAAUUCUUCGAGAAAUCCACAUUCGCUUCCCACUUCGCUGACGUCUACCAAAAGCUCAAAAAGUCUCACACGACUCUGAUUGGUGAUGUGAAAAUUUCCUAACGAAUUCAAUUUCCAAUGCUUGAGUGACACUGUACGAACGAUAUUGGAUCGAAAGGAAGAAAUCUACGCCAAAAGAAUCUCGCAAAGUCAGUGACAGGGAUAAAGGGUGUUUUCGGCAGCAAAACAGAAGGAAAAAGUAAUAACAGGCAGAACACAGAACGGAAUUUGUAAUUGCUGAUUGGAAAAAAAGAAAGUUCGCUGAUGGCAAACAUCGGCGACAAAUCCCAGUGAAUAGCGGUCUAAUCAGGCAGAGACGAAAGUGAACUAAACCGAGCAGUGUUCCCAAAGUUCGAUUACAAUCUCAGUGGAAAGCCGAAUAGAAGUUCGUUAUCGGCUCGCGCACUCGCGUGUGACUGUGUGAGUGUUGGGAAAUGAAGUGAUUUGAUUGGACGUGCGCUUCUUGCACAAAAGAACCUAAAAGCGGAUCUUCAAACGGAAACAGUUCGGGCAAAUUGGAAGAUUUGGUGGCGACAGCUUCAUUGUACGGCAUUCUUUUUCGAGCCUCGUUAAACACCGCAACGGGCCCAACCGCAAGCAAAGUGGGAAGGAGCACCGGCGAUGCGCAAAUCCGCCCACAUUUAACGCGCCUCCCAACAGCCAUCGUGAGGAGGGGAUGGAACCGGCCGAUUUGUGGACUGACCAAACAUCCCCGACUAAUAAUCUUGCGAAGCCGACACCAGAACCGCAUCCGACAAUAUCCGCACCGAUUUGCCGAAAUGACGGUCGUUCAUCCAGCCGGAUCACUUUGGGGCCACUAGAUCAACGGAUGUGUGGGCCUUCGAGCCGGUUGUCGUAUCCGUCGAAUUGAUCAUUCGUUCCCCACCCAACCACCCCAAGACUCCAAACACUCCAAACUGAGCGAUUUCCUGGCGGUAUUUGUGUUUGGGUUAUACUGAAGAUAAGAGGCGUCUCCCUGUGCUGGACUGACAAAAAGGAGGCAUAAAGCAAAUUGAAUUCUAGCUGGCUGGCUUAAGUGCACCCCACACAUAACCGAGGAACAGACUUGGGUAUCAUCGUCACCAUCAUCAUCAUCAUCGGCAGCAAAUCCCCUUGAAACCCCAAUGCUUUGGAGCAGUGACCGCCGAAGACGGAGACUGGAGCCUCCCAGCGCUGGACUGGUCCAUCUGACGAAAUGGUGCACGACGCUGUUUAUCAUUCUGGAAUCUACGAGCGUUGGAAGUGGUUUGGUGCCACCGACAACGACGAUAAAUACCAGCAGUACAGUCAGUGGCCCCAGCAGCAGUGCCAGUCCCGCCUCUACCACAUUCAUCACAAACCCCUUUUCCACAGAAAGAGCGCCCACCGUCAUAAGCAGCAGCACAAGCGCCUCCACCGAUGGAACCAAUUUGCUGCUGCGGCAAGUGGACCACGCUCCGAGGUUCGCUGCAUUGGUGCAGUCGACAGCGAGUGGCCACGAUAGACCGGUGCCAGAGACAGCAGAUCCCGCUGUCAACAGCGAUCCUUUGCUGCUGCUGGGCGGAUUCCGGUUUCCAGCGCAACUGCUUCCUGAGCCGAUCUCGCUGCCUGUCGACAGAGGAAGCGGGGUUCGGGCCACUGUUAAUUCUUUCAGUGAAAAUGUGCUCUCACGAACUAGCCCACUGGUGGCCGACAGCAGCUCCCGGGAAAGCUCCCUCGCGAGAUCAAAAUCCAAUAUAGUUAAUUUAGGUGUAAGCAGCAGCAGCAGCAGCAGUAGUAGUGGUAGUAAAAUUAAAAGUGCUAAUUUAAGUGUUGGUGAUAGGGGGAGCAGUGGGAAAAUGUCAGCUGCCAAAGGCACUUCCUCGGAGACGGAAUCCACGGUGAAUCGGGUCGAGGGGGAAUUCCGUGAAAUCGAGGGAAACUUCAGCAAGAUGUUCUUCGAGACAGACAAUUUGACGACUAUUUCGUCGCAGGUCGGUUCAAUUGCGGUGCUGCCGUGUGUAGUGCGAAAUAUCGGCGAAGGCGUGGUUUCGUGGAUCCGGCGGAAAGACUACCACUUGCUAACGAUCGGAGUGACAACGUACAGCAGCGACGAGCGCUUCAACAUCAUCCGUUCCGAGGAUUCUGAGGAAUGGCCACUGCAAAUCAAAUACGUACAGCUGAGGGACGCUGGUCCGUACGAGUGCCAGGUCUCAACGCACCCUCCCACGUCAAUAUUUGUUCAACUGGACGUGGUCGAGGCCAAAGCGGAAAUAUUCGGCCCAUCCGACAAAUACCUGAAGCCGGGCUCGACACUACGGCUCACCUGUCGAGUGGUGCAAAGCAACGAGCCCCCGUUGUAUAUCUUUUGGUAUCACAACAACCGUAUGAUCAACUACGAUGUCCACCUGGGUGUAAAUGUGUCCACCGAAGCCGAUAAUCGCUUUUCGGAACUGGUGAUAACGCAUUCCAACACCCUCAACUCGGGAAAUUACUCCUGCGUGUCCAACAAUGCGGUGGCAGCCUCCACCUAUGUGCACAUUUUGAAUGGUGAAAACCCAGCAGCGAUGCAACACGGUGACCACGGCAAUGGCGUCCUGGUGGGGACUCAUCUCCAUCUGCUGGUGACGGUUGUAACAUAUCAGAUCAUCAACUUGUUAUUGUGUGCACAUUGAACAUAAUUGUAGAAAAUAAUAUUAAUAAAAAAAACCGAGGGACCCAUCACCCUGGACUGAUGGAAGAGACACCCAAAUGAAAGGUACGGUGGGGUACGGAGGUGCACAGAUGUGUAACAAACAAGAAAGCAAACAAUU